GCCGCGUGCGGCAGACAAAAGCGCAUGAAAAAUUCAUGAGCCAAAAGUGCGUCAUCAUUACCAACGCCGAACAUCAUUAUCAUCAUCAACAGCGUCGCACGUCGUCAGAAUCGAACUUUGAGCGGCCAAUGAACGGCUUUCAAAUACCCAAAACAUAGAGCUAGUCGCUCAGUCAACAUGCAAAUUGCUGGGCGAGCAACCGAACAAAACGAACAGAGCGAACAGAGCGAAGCGAAACCAGCGCCAGCAACACAAUAAAAAUUGCCUAUAAAUGGGCGGAAGAGCAGAAUCGGAUGGCAGAGGUGCUGUCGGAGGUGGUGCUGCGGCAGUGGGUGUUGGCAGGAGUUUAGUCGCACGCACAAGGACAACAACAACAACAAAAGCAACGACGAAACGAAGGACAGCAGACAGCGGCAGUGGCAGUGGCAGUGGCAGGGCACUCAAACAAAACAACAAAGCGAAACUUCCGCAUAGGAUGCGACGAAACGGAAGUUAUUUUGGCCGUUUGAACGUACGGAUCUAUCUCAUCUAUUUGUGCUGCUAUCUGCUGCUGAUAAUGGCAGCAGCUGGCAGCAACAAUGUGGUAAAUGGACUCAAAUGCUACUGCAAUCCGAAGGAAUGCGACGUUAUACGCGCACUCGACUGCCCCGGCAAGGGCCUAAUGCUAUGGGAUCCCUGCCAAUGCUGUCGCAUUUGCGCCAAAACAUUGGGCGAAUCCUGCGGCGGACCCGGCGGCUUUUCCGGCCAAUGCGAACCGCCCCUGCAGUGUGUCACCAAACUGCCCAUUAGCAGCGGCCUGGGCGUCUGCAUGGACUUGCAACACCUGACGGCGCUUACCUUUAAUCAGCUCAGCAACUGCACGCAGGAGGAGUCGAUUGUGCUGGAGCCGGGCUGCGAGAUAACCAACAAGCGCUGCCAAUGCUGGCCCACAAUGCGCACCUGUCUCAGCCAACUGUCCAGCGAUGGCGGCUCUCCGAGCGAUUCGCAUUGGCAUUUCAAGAAUCUCGAGGACUGCCAAUUAAAUUUGCAAAAUCUAAUUAAAAUCGAAUUGGAAUUCGAUGAAGACUACAAAAUCUCACCGAGCAAAUUCGCAUACAAAAAGCUGCGCAGAAAGCGAAAAUCGCUGAGGAAGCGACUGUGGGCGACAUGAUUGCAUAGCAUAAAUGAACAAUUAAUACUAUUAUUUAACCGUAAUUAUGAUUGCUCAAUUUCCAUGUGCAGCAUCAUUUGAAGCAUGGCGACAGUUCGCAAGCCAUAUAAACGUCCCUCUUUCUCACAAAUGCAAUUCUUGUACAGAUACUAAUGCUUAACUCUAUGAAAUGUGGCUAAUAUAAAUACGAUAAUAAAGAGCAUAUACACAUACAACAUUACAAAUAA